UUCAUAGGUCAACUCAGAGAGGCACCCAACCCGCUCUCGUUCGGCGCGCUACCUCGGUACCUACCUCAUAACUCGCGUUUCUCUAUAAUUACUCCUACAACACAAUGUCGACAAAUACCACCACUUCUUCCCAACCAGGCGACACCGUCGCGGACCUCGCCUCCUCCCUGAUGAAGCAGCCCUCCCGCCACGGUACCACCGCCGACGGCGCCGCCGGAGAGAGCAGCGGCGACAGCAGCAGCAGCAGCAGAAGCGCCGCCUUGGCCCGCGGCAUGUCCCACACCGGCUCCUGGGAGCCCGUUCUCGACCGUCGCCAGAGCUGGGACGCCCAGGAGUACAAGCACGACCUGCUCAAGCGCCAGUACAUGGACGGAGAGGGAACGGCGCCGGGCAGUAUGGGCGGGUUCAGCGAAGCUUAGCUGACUGCAUCCUAAUAUUAACCGGG